UUCCAAAAUACGCUACCUCCAGGAAUACCACAACCGGGUUCUCCACAACAUUUACCCAGUGCCCUCUGGAACUGACAUUGCAAAUACUCUGAAAUACUUUUCUCAGACAUUAUUGAGCAUUUUGUCCCGCACAGGGAAGAAGGAGAAUCAAGAUGCCUCCAAUUUGACAGUGCCCAUGACCAUGUGUCUUUUUCCUGUGCCAUUCCCACUCACCCCAUCUCUAAGACCACAGGUCAGUUCCAUCAACCCUACUGUUACUCGCUCCCUCCUUUACAGCGUUCUGCGAGAUGCUCCAUCUGAACGUGGCCAGCAAAGUCGUGAUGCUCAGUUAUCAGACUACCCAUCUUUGGACUAUCAAGGACUUUACGUGACACUGGUGACACUGCUGGAUCUAGUUCCCUUGCUACAACAUGGUCAACAUGAUCUUGGGCAAUCAAUUUUUUACACUACUACAUGCUUACUUCCUUUUCUCAGUGAUGAUAUUUUGAGUACUUUACCUUAUACAAUGAUUUCAACAUUAGCUACCUUUCCUCCAUUUCUACACAAGGAUAUUAUAGAGUAUCUCAGCACAUCUUUUCUGCCUAUGGCGAUAUUGGGAUCCUCAAAAAGGGAAGGUGUUCCAGCUCAUGUCAAUCUAUCUGCAUCGUCAAUGCUGAUGAUUGCAAUGCAGUACACAUCAAACCCAGUGUAUCACUGCCAGUUAUUGGAAUGCCUCAUGAAAUAUAAGCAAGAAGUGUGGAAAGAUUUGCUGUAUGUAAUAGCCUAUGGCCCAUCUCAAGUCAAACCUCCAGCAGUACAAAUGUUAUUUCACUACUGGCCCAAUUUAAAACCUCCUGGGGCAAUUAGUGAGUACAGAGGACUGCAGUACACAGCCUGGAAUCCUAUUCAUUGCCAGCACAUUGAAUGCCAUAAUGCAAUUAACAAACCAGCUGUGAAGAUGUGCAUUGACCCUUCCUUGUCUGUGGCCUUGGGUGAUAAACCACCGCCCCUGUAUCUUUGUGAAGAAUGCAGCCAGAGAAUUGCAGGGGAUCAUAGUGAAUGGUUGAUUGAUGUUCUUCUGCCACAAGCUGAAAUUUCUGCUAUAUGUCAGAAGAAGAACUGUAGCUCACAUGUCAGAAGGGCUGUUGUCACAUGCUUCUCAGCAGGCUGCUGUGGCCGCCAUGGCAACAGGCCAGUACGCUAUUGCAAAAGAUGCCAUUCGAACCAUCACAGCAGUGAAGUUGGGGCAGCAGCAGAAACCCAUCUUUAUCAGACCUCCCCACCCCCUAUCAAUACUCGGGAAUGUGGGGCAGAGGAACUGGUGUGUACUGUAGAAGCUGUGAUCAGCUUGCUGAAGGAAGCGGAGUUCCAUGCUGAGCAGAGGGAGUAUGAACUCAACCGCAGGAGGCAGAUGGGCCUUUCCUCUUCCCAUCACUCCUUGGACAACACAGACUUUGAUAAUAAAGAUGAUGACAAGCAUGAUCAGCGCCUCCUGAGCCAGUUUGGAAUCUGGUUCUUAGUGAGCCUUUGUACUCCCAGUGAGAAUACACCCACAGAGAGUUUAGCAAGGCUGGUUAGUAUGGUAUUCCAAUGGUUUCAUUCUACAGCUUAUAUGAUGGAUGACGAAGUUGGUAGCCUGGUUGAAAAGCUUAAGCCCCAGUUUGUUACCAAGUGGCUGAAGACAGUUUGUGAUGUUCGGUUUGAUGUCAUGGUUAUGUGCCUCCUUCCCAAACCAAUGGAGUUUGCCAGGGUUGGUGGAUACUGGGACAAAUCCUGUAGUGCUGUGACCCAGUUAAAAGAAGGUCUGAAUCGAAUCCUUUGCUUGAUACCAUACAAUGUGAUAAACCAGCCGGUAUGGGAAUGUAUCAUGCCAGAGUGGUUGGAAGCUAUAAGGACAGAAGUGCCUGAUAAUCACCUGAAAGAGUUCCGGGAAGUGUUAAGCAAAAUGUUUGAUAUUGAACUUUGCCCUCUCCCUUUCUCUAUGGAGGAGAUGUUUGGCUUCAUUAGUUGUCGAUUCACAGGUUAUCCAUCCUCUGUGCAAGAGCAAGCAUUGCUUUGGCUGCAUGUGUUAUCUGAACUAGACAUUGUUGUUCCUCUUCAGUUACUAAUCAGCAUGUUUUCUGACGGAGUUAAUUCUGUAAAAGAGUUAGCAAAUCAAAGGAAAUCAAGAGUCAGUGAAUUGGCAGGAAAUCUUGCUGCUCGGAGGGUAAGCGUUGCUUCUGACCCUGGGCGAAGAGUUCAGCACAACACGUUGAGUCCUUUCCCAAGUCCUUUCCAGAGUCCAUUUCGCAGUCCAAUACGUAGUCCUUUUCAGAGCCCAUUCAAAAACUUUGGACACCAAAGUGGAAAGACUAUUGACUUUGACUGUGAGGAUGAUGAAAUGAAUCUUAAUUGCUUCAUACUGAUGUUUGAUCUCAUCUUGAAGCAGAUGGAACUCCAGGAUGAUGGUGUCACUUUGGGCUUAGAGAACAGCAUUUCAAAAGAUAUAAUUUCCAUCAUAAACAAUGUGUUACAGGCACCCUGGGGUGGUUCUCACACCUGUCAGAAAGAUGAAAAAGCAGUUGAAUGUGGUCUGUGUCAGUCUAGCAUUCUGUGUUACCAGCUGGGUUUUGAGCUGCUGGAACAGCUUGCUCCAAAAGAAGAAAUCAGACUUGUGGAGCCCACAGAUAACCUUGAGGAUAGUCUUCUGUAUACUAGGCCUGAGUUUAUUAUAGGAACUGAAGGAGAAGAGGAAGAUAAAUCAGCACCAAAACAUGGAGAAAACCCAGGAAAUCACACAGAGUCUACAGAAAACACUGCUAUACAAAAUGACACAGAAAGAAAAUUUUGUUAUCAGCAACUUCCAGUUACCUUGAAGCUCAUAUAUACUAUACUGCAGGAAAUGUCAAGAUUUGAAGAGCCAGACAUUCUAUUUAAUAUGCUGAACUGUUUGAAGAUUCUUUGUCUUCAUGGAGAAUGCCUGUAUAUAGCAAGAAAGGACCAUCCACAAUUUCUAGCCUAUAUUCAAAAUCAUAUGCUGAUUGCAAGCUUAUGGGGAGUUGUGAAGUCUGAGUUCUCUCAGCUUUCUUCCCUGGCAGUCCCACUUCUUCUCCAUGCGCUUUCACUCCCUCAUGGAGCUGACAUUUUCUGGACAAUCAUAAACAGCAAUUUCAACAGCAAAGACUGGAAGAUGAGAUUUGAAGCAGUGGAGAAGGUGGCUGUGUUGUGCAGGUUUUUGGAUAUUCACUCUGUGACAAAAAACCACCUACUGAAGUACUCUUUGGCUCAUGCAUUCUGCUGUUUCCUGACUGCUGUGGAAGAUGUCAACCCAGCAGUAGCUACAAGAGCUGGGCUAUUACUUGACACCAUAAAGAGGCCAGCUUUACAGGGUCUCUGCCUCUGCCUUGAUUUCCAGUUUGACACGGUUGUUAAGGACAGGCCCACAAUUCUUAGUAAGCUAUUGCUACUUCAUUUUCUAAAAGCAGAUAUUCCAGCUUUGAGCUGGGAGUUCUUUGUGAAUCGCUUUGAGACCCUGUCUCUGGAAGCACAGCUUCAUCUGGACUGCAACAAAGAAUUCCCCUUCCCGACAACUAUCACUGCUGUCCGGACAAAUGUCGCCAACCUCAGUGAUGCAGCAAUGUGGAAGAUCAAGAGGGCUCGUUUCGCACGUAAUCGUCAGAAGAGUGUGCGUUCCCUGAGGGACAGUGUGAAGGGACCAGUGGAGUCAAAGAGAGCGCUCUCCCUUCCAGAAACCUUAACCACCAAAAUUCCUGUGAGCUUGACCAGACAUGAGCAGUCUGCUCCAGCACUUGGUGGAACACCAGAGCAAACACCAGGACAACCCUCCCCAGAGAAUGAUAAUACAAUAAAAGAUUUACUGCCAGAGGAUGCAGGAAUUGAUCACCAGACUGUCCACCAGCUGAUUACUGUGCUCAUGAAGUUCAUGGCAAAGGAUGAGAGCAGCGCUGAGUCGGACAUCAGCAGUGCUAAAAUUGCACCACAAAAAAUGCGCGUUUCAACCUGCUUUAAUGCCUUUAUCGCUGGAAUAGCACAAGUGAUGGACUAUAACAUCAACCUUGGAAAACACCUCCUUCCCUUGGUGGUGCAGGUGCUGAAAUACUGCACUUGUCCUCAGCUAAGGCAUUACUUUCAGCAGCCUCCUCGCUGCUCCCUCUGGUCCCUCAAGCCUCACAUUCGGCAGAUGUGGUUAAAGGCUUUGCUUGUCAUUCUUUAUAAGUACCCCUACAGAGACUGUGAAAUCAGCAAGAUUGUACUUCAUCUAAUCCACAUCACAGUCAAUACCCUCAAUGCUCAAUAUCACAGCUGCAAGCCCCAUGCAACUGCUGGUCCUUUGUAUAGUGACAACAGUAACAUAAGCCGAUACAGUGAAAAGGAAAAAGCAGAGGAAGACAGUGUUUUUGAUGAAUCUGAUAUUCAUGAUACACCAACUGGACCUUGCAAUAAAGAGUCUCAAACUUUCUUUGCAAGACUGAAAAGAAUUGGUGGCAGCAAAAUGGUGAAAUAUCAACCAGUUGAGAUGAACGCUCAGAGAAGGAAUGCAGACUCCCUGUUGUUUACAUUAGAUGAACAUCGUAGGAAGUCCUGCAUAGACCGAUGUGACUUAGAAAAGCCACCUGUCCCUGCUGCUUACACCAUGCACAGACAGAAUGAUUAUGGACGACCUCGGCAGAAUUCUUCUACCAAAACUGAAAAUAUAGAAACGCAAGAAAAUCCCCCUCCUACAGAGAAUUUUCAGGAAACAAGAAGACCUGUCAUACCAGAAGUCAGGUUAAACUGCAUGGAAACCUACGAAGUGAAAGUGGACUCUCCGGUUAAACCUUCUGUUCCCAAGGAGGAUUUAGAUCUGAUAGAUUUGUCCUCUGACUCAACAUCGGGUCCUGAAAAGCAUUCUGUACUCUCUACUUCAGACAGUGACUCUUUAGUCUUUGAACCACUUCCUCCCCUUAGAAUAGUGGAGAGUGAUGAAGAAGAAGAAACAACAAACCAGUUAAAUGAUGAGGUCGCUGGCAAAACUGCUGUGUCAUCUCCCUCAACUCCUAUGAAUGCCUCUGCACUCAGCCUCAGCACAACUCCUCUGGUCCAGUUCAGCAUUGAAGAUUGCUCCAAAGACUUUAGUUCCAAGGAUGUCACUACUCCCAAAGAUCGAAAGGACUCUUCAGAUUUAGCUAAGCCAGAGGAACUUCAGGACAUGUCCUGUGGGAACUCACUAACACUGAAGCAGAAAAGGGAUCUGCUGCAGAAGUCAUUUGCCCUUCCAGAAAUGUCCCUUGAUGAUAAUUCUGAGUUCAGUGUGGAGGAAAUUAGACCUAGUGGAGCAAUUCCAAGCCCCAAUGUCAAAACAGUCCUUAUUAAAGUUCCUGAGGAUUCUGAAAACCAAACAGAAAGUGAUAAACUUGACACCAACACAGAGUCUGACGCUGAACAAAAUACAGAUCAGAAACAAGACGAGGAGGCUGAGGAGUCAGAAUUUAAGAUUCAGAUUGUUCCCCGCCAGAGGAAGCAGCGAAAGAUUGCUGUGAGCGCUAUUCAGAGAGAAUACUUGGACAUUUCCUUUAACAUCCUAGACAAGCUGGGAGAGCAGAAGGAGGCAGAUCCUGCUGUGAAAGGACUUUCAACUCUGGAAAUGCCAAGAGAAUCAUCUUCUGCACCGACCCUUGAAGCAGGUGUGCCAGAGACAAGUAGUCACUCUUCCAUAUCAACUCAGUUCAGACAAAUGAAAAGAGGCUCUUUGGGAGCUCUGACAAUGAACCAGCUAAUGAAGAGACAGCUGGAACACCAGUCUAGUGCUCCCCACAAUAUCAGCACUUGGGAUACUGAGCAGAUACAGCAUGGGAAGAGGCUCUGCAACGUCCCUGUUUGCCUAAACCCUGACUUGGAGGGACCGCCACUAAGAAUCAGAGGUGCCACAAAAUCCAGCUUGCUCUCAGCACCCAGUAUAGUCAGUAUGUUUGUACCUGCACCAGAAGAAUUUGCUGAUGACCAGCCCACUGUGAUGACUGACAAGUGCCACGACUGUGGGGCUAUCCUUGAAGAAUACGAUGAAGAAACACUAGGCCUGGCGAUAGUUGUGCUCUCGACAUUCAUUCACCUUAGUCCAGACUUGGCUGCUCCUUUACUGUUGGACAUCAUGCAGUCUGUUGGAAGGUUGGCAUCAAGUACCAGUUUUUCUAAUCAAGCAGAAAGCAUGAUGAUUCCUGGAAAUGCUGCAGGUGUGGCCAAGCAAUUCCUCCGCUGUGUGUUCCAUCAGUUGGCCCCCAAUGGCAUCUUCCCCCAGCUCUUCCAGAGCAACAUUAAAGAUGGAAGUUUUUUACGGACCUUGGCCACAUCUCUCAUGGACUUCAGUGAACUGAGUUCCAUUGCUGCUCUGAGCCAGCUACUAGAGGGUUUAAAUAACAAAAAGAACUUACCAGCAGGGGGUGCAAUGCUACGCUGUUUAGAAAACGUUGCUACCUUUAUGGAAGCCUUGCCAAUGGAUUCACCUAGCAACCUCUGGACCACGAUUAGUAAUCAGUUUCAGACCUUCCUUACCAAACUCCCUUGUGUUUUGCCACUUAAGUGUUCUUUGGAUUCUAGUUUAAGAAUUAUGAUUUGCUUGUUGAAGAUACCAACCACUAGUGCCACCAGGAGUCUUCUGGAGCCAUUUUCAAAAUUACUAAGCUUUGUAAUUCAAAACGCUAUCUUUACUCUGGCCUACCUGGUAGAACUGUGUGGUUUGUGCUACCGAGCCUUCACUAAGGAAAGAGAUAAAUUCUACCUGACCCGCAGUGUCAUCUUGGAGUUACUACAGGCACUCAAGUUAAAGUCACCCUUACCCGACAUGAACCUACUGCUGUUGGUGCAGUUUGUUUGUGCAGAUGCUGGAACAAAACUGGCUGAAUCAACAAUCUUGCAUAAACAGAUGAUUGCUUCAAUGCCUGGAUGUGGAACAGCAGCAAUGGAAUGCAUGAGGCAAUAUGUUGGGGAAGUGCUGGAUUUCAUUGCAGAUAUGCAUACCUUAACCAAAUUAAAGAGUCACAUGAAGACGUGUUCUCAGCCACUGCAUGAAGACACGUUUGGUGGGCAUCUGAAAGUUGGUUUAGCUCAGAUUGCUGCUAUGGAAAUUACACGAGGAAACCACAGAGACAACAAAGCUGUGAUCCGAUAUUUGCCUUGGCUAUACCAUCCUCCUUCUGCAAUGCAACAAGGGCCUAAAGAGUUCAUAGAAUGUGUCUCACAUAUUCGUUUGCUGUCAUGGCUGCUCCUGGGGUCUUUGACACACAAUGUUGUCUGUCCAAAUUCUCCGUCGUCUUGCAUGCCUAUUCCACUGGAUGCAGGCUCUCAAAUUGCAGACCACCUUAUUGUUAUUCUGAUUGGGUUUCCAGAGCAAUCAAAGACAUCCGUUCUGCACAUGUGUUCCCUCUUCCAUGCAUUUAUAUUUGCUCAGCUCUGGACAGUAUAUUGUGAACAAACGGCAGUAGCUCCGACAGUCCAGAAUCAGAACGAAUUUAGUUUUACAGCAAUCCUUACAGCACUGGAGUUCUGGAGCCGAGUGACACCUAGCAUCCUACAAUUAAUGGCACAUAACAAAGUGAUGGUAGAAAUGGUGUGUCUGCAUGUGAUAAGUUUAAUGGAGGCUUUACAGGAAUGCAAUUCAACUAUCUUUGUUAAGCUCAUACCAAUGUGGUUGCCAAUGAUACAGUCAAAUCUAAAGCAUUUAUCUGCUGGACUCCAACUACGCCUCCAAGCCAUUCAGAGUAAUGUCAACCAUCACAGCCUAAGGAUGUUGCAAGGGUCAGGACAAAUGAGCAAUAGCUCAUCUGUGCUUCGCAAAUGGCUACAGUGUACCCAGUUUAAAAUGGCUCAAGUGGAAAUUCAGUCAUCGGAAGCUGCAUCUCAGUUUUAUCCUUUAUGAUUCAUGUAAAUUGUUCCAAAUGUUUAUUUUCAGUCUAGCAAUAACAGGGUUAAAGCUGUAAAACAGAAGCCCGCUUUUGUAUAAAUCAGUAUACAGAGUAUAUACUUUUAUCUAUACUUUUUAGCUUAUGACAAAUUGUGCAAAAGCUUAUACUGGGUGAAGCUAGGAGCCUGAUUCUGCCAGUCCUUAAUUGCAUUUAUUUGUUUUUGCUCAAACGAGGAGGAUCCACAAGUUCUCAAGUCUGCAUUCGUGGUCAAGUAUUUGCAGGAUUGGACUCAGAUCUUUCACAUUGUAGAUACCUCUGUGAUCACUGAAAUAGGGAUCUGAUUCUUAAAUGUUUCUUUACAUUAUUUUUGAAACUAAGACAAAAAUCACUUUUCUUUAACUUCUAUUUUUUUUAAAAAACUGGAAUUGUGGAUAUUCACAAACAUAUGGUUUGCAUAUAAGUGCUAUGUUGCUAUUUUUUGAUGCUAAAACAAGAAAAUAGGGUUUUUAGGAACCUUUCUAUAUUGUGGGGUGUUUUUGUUUUUUGUUUUUUAUUUUUCUUAAGAUUCACAGCUGGCAAGGCAAUAAAACCUGUCACUAUAAAACAGUCAUGUUCUAAUGAGGCUUUUUGUCAUCAUCUUCUGGGAAAACAGCAGCUUGUAAGGAGAAUUGUUAUAAAGUGCACUUAGAAAUUAGGUUAUUAAACUGUGCCAAUUCAUUUAUCUUUUUUCAAUAUUGUUGUCCAUAACUGCCAAAAGUCUCAUUUAUUUUUUUUUAAAUACUGUUUUUACUUCAUUGAUUCUGUGCUGCUCUUCUCUGUAGGUUUCAUAGAAGCCGCUGUAAUUUUGUGAAUACUGUAUUGUAUUCUUUUGUCAAUACUUGUAUACAGUGCAAUUAAAAAUGGAUAACCCAGACCUAUUCUUAUUGAUGUCUACAGAACUUGUAUUGCAGCCUUCAGCAGGGGCAGGAUUGGAUGUGAAAUUUUGCAUAAUGGUAUGAAUAAAUUAUAACAUUGCCAUAAUAUUGUAUUGAAUGUGAUGUUUAAUAACAAAUGGAUUUUAAUAUCAUUAAGGGACUCAGCUGAAGCCCAUUGGAAUCUGAGGAGACUCAACUAAUUCAGUAGGUUUUGCAUCAAAUCUUGAGAGCACCAGGAUUUACCACCUCUUGUAAUUAGUAUUUAAAUCUGUGCAAUCACAGUUGUAUUUUCUGUAUUUAUUACUGUAAGGUACUGAUUGGAAUAACAGAUAUACAUGUAAGCUGUAUAUUAGAGCGCUAUUAAAUUCAUAGUCUUUAUUGCCA